CGCCCUCUGACCCGGGGGGGUCCCGCUGCCCCUGGUGGCGACCGCCAGCAGCAUGGUAGAGAAGCGGUGCCCGCGGCUGCAGAGAGAGAGCGUGUACCGCUGGUUCUCCGAGCUGCCCUCGCCCCAGCGGGUGGAGUUCCUCUGCGGCCUGCUGGACCUGUGCAUCCCGCUCGAGCUGCGCUUCCUGGGCGCCUGCCUGGAGGACCUGGCCCGCAAGGACUACCACUCGCUGCGGGACUCCGAGAUCAAGGCCAACAACCCGGCCGACCUGGGCAGCCUCACCAACCUGACGGAUGAGGUGGUGCGCAGCAAGCUCCUGGUCUCCCUCGCGCUCCUGGGCUCCUCGCACCGGGAGGCGGCGGGGGUCCUCUUCCGCACCCUCACCCACAUUGACUCGGUCAUCCACAACUAUGGGCUGCAGCUCAACGAGGGCCGGACUGGGGACGAGUUUUUGCUGCUCUUCACUAUGGCCUCCAACCAUCCUGCCUUCAGUUUUCACCAAAAGCAGGUGCUGAGGCAAGAGCUCACCAAGAUCCAAAACAUCAUUGCCAGUACCAGCAAAAGCCCCUGCACUCCCACGCCUAGCACCAUGGGAACAUGUCCUGGUUGUCACAAGGUUGCGCCAAGAUCCGAGACCCCUAUAAACAGCAUUGGUAACAGUUUAGAAAAUGCACUACAUACAUCAGCACAUUCCAUUGAGGAGUCAUUACCCAAGAGGCCUUCAGGGAAACACUCCAAAGUGAGUGUUGAAAAAGUGGAACUAAAGGGACUAUUGCACAAGAAGAAUGAUAGGAACGUUGACUAUUCCUUCGAGGUUUUAUGGUCUGAUUCUUCAGUGACACUGGUAGUAAAGUCUUCUGCUGAGGUGACUGAAUUAAUUUCAAAGUUAGGUCAACUGUAUCCGGAAGAAAACUUGGAGAAAUUCAUUCCUUGCCUAGCUGGUCCAGAUUCAUUUUACUUAGACAGAAACCACAUGGACCUGGAAUCGGACCUUAGGUAUUUGGCAUCAUUACCUUCCCAUGUCUGGAAAAAUGACCAUGUCAAGAAAUUUUUCAGCACUUCAUCUCACUCCCAGCAAUUUCAGAGUUCAAGUCCCGGCAACGCUCCCCUUUAUAAAGGAGGUCCUACACUGGGCGCUUCUGGAAGGCCCGUCUGUGGCGUGGCUGGCAUCCAGUCUUCGCAGAAUAGCCUCCAGCAUCACGGGCAGCACCCAGCCGCCACAGCAGUAGCACUUCCCCACUGCGCUCACUCAGGCGGGGCCGGAUCCACCCUUGCCUGUCGUUCCCAGUUAGAGAACUCUUCACCUCUUUUAACAACCUCCAGCCCUCAGACUCCCCAGGCCCAGGAACAAAAUGGGAUUUUAGACUGGCUGCGGAAACUGCGCUUGCACAAGUACUAUCCAGUUUUCAAACAGCUCACGAUGGAGAAGUUUCUGAGCCUGACUGAAGAGGACCUGAAUAAAUUUGAAUCCCUCACUAUGGGAGCAAAGAAGAAACUCAAGACUCAGCUGGAGUUGGAAAAGGAGAAGUCGGAGAAGCGGACCAUGAAUCCAGCUUCGUCCCCGUCUGUAGGCACCGGGGUGGCCAGGGUUCCCCCUACGACGCACAUUGGCCCCAUCCAGAGCAUCCGCGGUAACCACCCAGCAGAGUUGCGUGUGGAUGUGGAUCAGCCAGCCCCCACGACCCCCCGAGAAGGAAGCUCCUCGGAGUACUCCAGCUCCUCCUCAAGCCCCAUGGGAAUCCAGACCCGGGAAGAGAGCUCUGACAGUGCUGAGGAAAACGAGAGGCGUGUGGAGAUCCACUUGGAACCCUCGGAGAAAGAGAAGCCGCCAAUGAUACUGAAUCACUUCAACUCCAGCUCAGCCAGGCCCACUGCUCAGGUGUUGCCAGUGCAGAAUGAUGCAGGGUCUAGUCCGUCUGCGCAUCACACCUUGCCGGUCCAGAUGAUGGCCACAGGCUCCCCGCACAUCACCCCAAUGAGAAUACUCAAUUCUAUGCACAAGCCAGAGCGAGGAAACACAGACAUGAAGCUCCUUUCGUCAUCUAUGCACUCACUUUUGUCUUUGGAAGACAGGACAAAAUUCUCACCCGGGGCACCUCGAGGCAGUGCCAAGAUGGAGAAGAAUUUUGGAAAUACUGUGGUGGAUGGAAUGCCAGCAUCUCCCCAUCAGUCUGUGCAAGUGCUCUCGGGGGUUCCCGAGAACGGCUCCACUACACCUUCCAUUAGCUUCGGCCCCCGAACCAAAAUGGUACACGCUUCCACCCUUGACAGAAUGGUGAAAACGGCCCAGCAGCCAGGAAUACUAGUGGAAACCAGCACCACCGCCACCGUAACAUCCAGCACGGUUUUCCAUAUGGCACGUCCCCCCAUCAAGCUCCUCGUCUCCUCUUCGGUUCCGACGGAUUCAACCAUCGUGGGUCAAUCUUCGUGCUCCAAUAAUAUGCAAUUCAGCGUGUCCCCAGCAAUAAUCACCCCCCGGACUGCUCUCUAUUCAGCCAACACCAAAGUGGCCUUUUCUGCCAUGAGCAGCAUGCCCGUCGCCCCGAUGCCCAGCAGCAGCUUCUGCGCGAACAGCAACACUGCCUCCUCCAGCAGCCACCCGCCCACAUCAUUCGCGAACAUGGCAAACCUGCCCAGUUGUCCCGCUCCCAGCCCGAGCCCCACGCUUUCAUCGGCCACCGAGAACAAUUUCUACGGCGGCGGCAGCGGCUCAGGAGGGAGCAUCCCCGUACCGAGCCAGAACCACCACCACCACCACCACCACCAGCAGCAGCCCCCAGGGUGCAUCGUGUGCAGCUCCUGUGGCUGUAGCGGGAACUGUGGCUCGAGCGGCAUGACGGUCAGUUACGCCAACUAUUUCCAGCAUCCCUUUUCAGGACCCUCCAUGUUUACGUUCCCGUUUAUCCCUUUCAGCCCCUUGUGCAGCAACGGCUACAUCAACACACAGCAGUACAACAGCAGCUCCGCGUUCCCCAUGGUCCACUCGCCCUACAGCAGCGGCAUCGCGCCGGACUCGGUCAUGAGUGGGCAGUCCACGUUUGCUGUCCCGCCAAUGCAGAAUUUCAUGACGGGGGCCGCGGGGGUUUAUCAAGCACAGGGGAUGAUGAACAGCAGCAGUGGCACAGCCCAUAAAAAGAGUGGGAAUCUCUCCUGCUACAACUGCGGAGCCAGUGGCCACCGAGCCCAGGACUGCAAGCAGCCUCCGAUGGAUUUCAAUCGGCAAGGUACAUUUCGGUUAAAAUAUGCUCCACCGGCUGAAAGUUUAGAUUCCACAGACUGACAUUAACUUCAGACCUGGUAUUUUGUGGUGGCAAAAACCAUGGAGUAACUGGGAUAUUUCAAAUUGGAACCUGAGAAGUCCACUUGUUGAUCUUACUAUUUUUUUAAUCCAAAGGUGCUCUACUUCAACACUAGGAAGGAACUGAAGCUUAGCGGGUCUGUCAACCCCCCCUUUUUUUACUGAUUUGCCAAAAUUAUAAGAUGGAUCUUAACCUUGGACCUUCCUGGUGGUAGGUGAAACUGGCCAACUUUCCUUUCUGUUGUCUACAGACUGCUGCACUUUUCCCUGAAGAAUGUUGCCAUACUUUGACCUUCUGUGCUGGAAACUCGAACUCCUGGGCAGCUAUGUUGUAAUUGGAGUGAGAGCUAGAGGUUGAUGGUGUAGUAGCCCUUUGCCUGCUGGACUCUGACCUUUUGAGGCUGGGUAAACAUGUCUACUUCUUCUCAAAACAAAUCAGGCACUGCACUCUGGGAUUUUAAAGGAUUGCACUACAGAAGAACACAUGAUUCUGUUCUGACUAUCUGCACUUUUAGCAGACUGAGACAAGUGCGAGAGACGUUCCAGCAGUGGGAAAUAGGCACCAGCAGGCUAUGUGAACUUCUAAUAAAGAAAUCUUAAGCCUCUCUCUCUUCCAAAAGAA